CCCCUCCAUCCGUCCAUUGAUACGUUCUAUCAGCCCGUCCAUCCCACCGUCCAUCCGCCACCUCUCCAGCGCGACACAACAGUCCCGCGCGGUCCUGCACAAGCCCGCCCGCAAGGCUCUCUCUAGCUUUCUACUCGCCCAUAUCCUCUCCCGUUGGCGUGUCCUCGUCGCUCGGUCCCGAAAUUCGCGCAUCAACACCACCGUUUCUUGGCCUGCUUGCCAAUCAUCGCAUCGUCCGGCCCGCGAUAGCUUGUCGUCUCAUGUGCGAGAUUGAAUAAACUCAUUUCCGGUUACCGAGCUGAGAUUUAGCCAGUCGCUAACUAGACCUCGGCCAACGUCCCCCCGACGCGCAUGCCAACAGUGCACAGAGCCAUACAGUUCGGGACCGAUUGAAACCGCUCACCCGCCAUGCCCCCGACCCCAGAGUCCCAAAAUGGCGAUGCGCCGGCGUAUCAGGACACGACACCUACCGGGUCGGCUAGCUAUGCGCCGCAUAACUCGGACCCUUCCAUGGUCAAGGUCACGCGGGGCCACAGCUGCGUACUGUGCCAGCAACGCAAGGUGCGCUGCGACAAGAGCAAGCCCUGUUCCAAUUGUGUAAAGGCUGGUGUCGAUUGCCGUAUCGUACCACCUCAGCCGCCCAGGCGGCGCAAGAGGCACGUCCCGGAACGCGAUCUAAUGGAACGCCUGCGGAAGUACGAGGCUCUCCUGUCCCAGAAUGGCAUCCAGUUCGACUCCCUCGGCCCGGACGUCAAGAUUAUCGACCCCGGCUCCGCCGAGGACGGCGACGAGCUGGAGCCGGACUUUAUAAAGCGGAAAAGCAAGGAGUCCUCGGUCGUAGACCCCGAUCUCAUUUCCUCGACCGGCGAGACUCCCACCGUUCCUAGGACUUUCAAGUGGUUUCCUGUUCAAAGGGAGUUCCAAACGACGCAAGAUAUCCACAGAGACUCGUCCGACGAGGAAGACACCGGGUCGACCAUCAACCAAGCGUACGACCAGAUGUUUGAGAACCCCAGCGGGUUCCCCUUCAUGGUCGGCGGCCAGUUUGAGAGCGUUACGGAUCAACACCCGCCCCCCGUGCAGAUUUUUGCCCUGUGGCAGAUCUAUCUCGACAACGUCGACCCACUUCUCAAGCUGACCCAUACGCCCACCCUGCAGACACACAUCCUCGAUGCGAGGACACGCCUGGACAAAGUGUCCCGCAGCCUCGAGGCCCUGAUGUUUUCAAUUUACCUCAUGGCCAUUACGAGCAUCGACGAAGAGAGAUGCCAGCUCUCGUUCAAUGAGUCGAGAAUGGUAUUGCUGGAAAAGUAUCGCCAGGCCACCCAACAGGCUCUCCUGAAUUCGGGGUUCAUGCGACACCCAGACAUAACCCUACUGCAGGCUUACCUAUUAUACCUCUUGGGUAUCCGGCAUUUCUCGGAUCCUCGGUCUCUGUUCUGCUUGACGGGAAUAGGCGUGCGCCAAGCCCAGCGGAUGGGCCUGCACCGCGACGGCGCGCCAUUCCAUCUAUCGCCAUUCGAGGUCGAAGAGAGGAGACGGUUGUGGUGGAACCUGGCCGGCUUCGACCGACGAAUCGGCGAGUUAUGCGGCGCGAAUAUCACGGCAAUAUCGAAUGGCUAUAGUUGCAAGCUGCCGCUCAACAUCAACGACAACGACCUGCAUCUCCAUGCCAAGGAGCCGCCGCCGUCACAUUCGGGCGCGACCGAGAUGAUUUUUUCGCUCACGCGCCUCGAGUUUUCCAGAGCGCCGGGGAUCGACAAGAUGAGAACUCGCGCAUCCGAAUCGAACCCGCAGGGCGUCGGGAGCGUCGCCGACCAUCGAGCCCCGAGCUAUAUCGAGAGGCUCUCUGCUCACCUCAACGAGACCUAUCUGAGAUUCUGCGACCCGGAAUUUCCUCUUCAUCUGAUGACUCGUCUCAUGACCCAGGCAAACAUUUGCAAGAUGAAGAUCACGGCGGGCUUCUUCCAUUCCGCUCUGAUCCAACCCGCUACCCUGCCAGCAGCCGAGAAAGAGGAGCUCGUGAAUCACGCUAUCAACAUGAUCGAAUGCGAUAGCAUGAUGCAAGCUAGUCCGAAGCUGAAGGGCUUUCUUUGGUAUACGCAGAUGCAUUUCCCAUUCCUGGCAUAUAUUUAUCUGCUCCACGACCUGCACACCCGCACCACUGGCGACCUAUGCGAGCGCGCAUGGGCCACCAUCAUCGACCACGGUGACAAGAGAAAGAUGACGACUCACAUGCGUAGUCCGAUGCAUCUUUCCUUCAGCCCCCUUUUCGUGAAGGCGUGGGAUGCGCAUGCGGCAGCGGAAUCCGCUCUCGGACGUACCCUCGUGGCACCGCACCUCAUCACCCACAUGAGGCAGGUCGCGGCUCACCUGCCCAAGACGGGCAGGAAAAGAGCGCCGAUGCCGACGCCCUCGCCCAAGAUGCCCGUAAUCAGCGGCGCCUACGGCAUGGCGUCGCAGGCGCCGCCGGUGCAACCACAAGAUAUGCCGAGUAUGGUUCCUAUGUAUCCCGAACAGGACAUGUAUCACCUGUCGCAGGUUGAUAUAAAUAGGCAGCUUGCCACGGCGUUCCCGUACGUCAACUUCGGCGGUACCGAGAUGGACACGAACUUCUUCAUACAGGAGAUGGUGGGGUUCAUACCGCAACCGCCCCAGCCGAUGGGCAUGUAUCCGAACCCGCUGGACAUGGGACAACAUACUGUUACCUGGCAGUGACUGCCCGCCGCGGCGUGCUACCCUCGAGCAACCUAUAAUAUGACGAGCGGAGGGGAUAUUAUACGAGUGAUGUUAUAUGUUUCUGACCUAGAAGUCGUAUAUGGCACAUACCCGGCCGAUUCCUUCUUCCCCUUUUGGGGGGUUCCGCUUGCGGCACCGGAGGACGGCCUUGCCAAACACCCUAAUAACAGAGGGGAUCUUAUAUACGCGCGUGUUCUCUCCAGAGGGAAUCCGUAAGAUUAAAAAUAAUAAGGAGCCCGAAUUCGCUGUAAAUUCGCUGUAAUAUUGGCCUACGUAUUCCUCCCAACUAUUUUAACCGAUAUCCUGACGCACACCUAGUCGUCCUAUAGUCGCAUUAGGUAUUUGAGAAUUGUUAUACCUGUCACGUGACCGUAUUUUCCACGUCAUUGUACUUCCCGAUAUGUGUAUUGUUCUUCACCUCUUCUUCGCUGUCGG